ACUUGUUUUUAGGACCGCUCAUGUUCUCUAUACCGAGCGUAAAAUUUGUUCAUUUGAGCGAACCUGAAGCUAGGCUCGAGCGAACAUCGAGCAUGUAAGAUGAAAAAAAUGUCGACCGCGUUUACAAAUUUUUAAUAUACGUAACAGAGACUUUCUUUCUCUCUCCUUCUUCUCACAUUCUUUCGUUAUCCCCACGUGAGCUCAUGAUCUUAUUAGUGUGUGGGUCGCCAAAAGCGUCACAGUGAACAUGAGCGCAAACUCGGAGGCCGGUGAUCAUCUUGACGAGAUCUACGACUGGAUCGAUCAAAUUAAGUUUUCCAGGCCCAAAAGAAACAUAGCCAGAGAUUUUUCCGAUGGAGUGUUGAUGGCGGAGCUGUUGAAACGCUAUUACCCUAAGCAUGUAGACGUGCAUAAUUAUGUCGCCGGCAACAGCAUUGCAAAGAAGACUGACAAUUGGAGCACGCUGAAUCGCAAGGUGCUGUCGAAAAUCGACAUAAGGCUGGGGAAGGAGGCAAUCAAUCAGCUGGCGAGUUCCCAACCAGGCGUCAUCGAGAAAGUCCUCACCGAUCUGCGAGUCAAAAUCUUGAAGGAUUCAGAGAGAGACAGAGAGUUGUUAUACUUUGGCCACGAGGACAGUAAAGUUAGUAUAGAGACAGUAAAAUCGGUGCUAAAUGACGAGUUAGCGAACAAGACGGUCCCUCGGCACAUUUUCACUCGAUUAAAGCAAGAGCUGCAGGAGAAAAACGACACUAUCUCCACAUUGCAGCAGAAGAUCUCGCAUCUGGAAAGCAUAAUGAAGCUGAAGGACCAACGGAUCGACGACCUCACAUUGCAGAUCACAAGGCUGCCCGUUGAACGAAAUGUUGCUAUGCCUCAUCCUCACGUUAUUGGCAAUGGAAUCUCGAAACGCGUUUCCAAGUUGUCAUAAUAAAACUUAUCGAGAAAUGUGUCACGUGCUCUCCGAUUGUAGCUUUUAUAUAACAAAGCAUAGCUUGUUCUUUUUUUUUUUUUUAACAUAUGUAUCAUGUAUAAAAGAAUACACUUUUUAUUAUCAUCUAGUUGGGCCAUUCAUGUAAUCUUACAAUAUUAUACAUGAAAUUAUAGUAUGUAUAGUAUAACUGAAUUAAAUAGAGCAGUCAUGAAAUCUUUUUUGAUCUUUCAGGUGUUCAGCUCGGGUCCUAUAAAUCUUUUGGAUAUUUUAACAAAACAGAAUCCCAUA